AUGUCGCAUGAGAACAUGCCUCGCGACACAGAAGAUGUCGUCACAGAAUCUUCGUCUGAAGGUAUCGUCACAGAAGAUGUCGUCUUUGCGUGUCCAUUAUUCGACCGCCAAUACAGUGCAGUAGGAACCAUUACACUGGCCAUAGCCAACGCCAACAGACGAUUGCUUGUCUGCGCAACGACGAAGUUUGCGAGAAAUGCUGCUCAACGCGAUUCAUACCGCCAAAAGAAGAAACACAUGCCCAUUACACCAGCAGCAAAUUUAACAGCAUGCUCCCAAUCAACGAGGUCUGUACGAUGA